AUGACAAGUAAUCACCCAUCAAAAGGUCGUCAGUCCUUGCCUCCCAUGUCGGUACAUUCAUUGAUGACGCCAACAUCGGCAUCUGCAUCAUCGAGACAUUCGUUAGGUGGAGGUGGUGGGAGUAUGAUAUUAUCUUCAACUAGAGUUAAACCGACCUCUGCUGCCAGUGGAUCUGGCUUGAGUACUUCCAGAUCUAUGGGGAAUCUCAGAGGGUCCAGUGAAGGUCUGCUGGAUAAGGAUAAACAGAAACCACCCAAGAAGAGGAAUAAGAAGGGUAUGAAAGGUUGGGCAUGGGUUGUGGAAGAUGAAAAUGGAAAUAUAAUCGAUGCUCCUGAUCCCGAAGUGGACGCUGCUGCCGAUACUCCCCCAGGAGCUGGAGCUGUUAAGUCAACGAUAAGUAGAAGUAGGGAUGGUGGAGAAGAAGAUGAAAUGACAGUCGUAGAAGAUCCCAAUAGUAUCAAAGCUACAUCAUCGAACCAUCAUUCGAUCAAUCAAGAUAAGAGGAAUGAUGAUAAGCCAAUAUCAAGACUAUCUAAUAGUACGAUUGUGCAGAAUGAUAAUGAUUCGUAUGCUAGUUCUCCGAUGAUUUCUAGAGCCUCCACUGCGACAGCUGAGAUCAUACCGUCCAAACGAACCAGGAAAAGUUCGAGUCCUGCUGUUGCUCUCACACCGAAGGAUAACGGUAAUCAUGAUGAGGGUGAGUGA